AUGCCUGUCAUCCAACACUUGGCUCGAGCAGCCUACAGCAGCCCCAUCCACCACUUGCUAGCUCGCAAUGGCGAUUCAGAUGACGACGACAAUGAUGGCGGCAUCCGCAUCAUUCCCGGUGGGAUAGUCGCCAUCAUCGUCGUCUGCGUUCUUGCCCUAGUCUCUGUCGUUGCAUGCUGCUGUUGCUGCCGGAGGCGAAAGCGCAGGGGAACCGAAGGAGGCAGUAAGGAAGACAACGCCAGCAACGGGAAAAAGACAGACCUCGAUCCGACAAAGUACAUCAAGAAGGCCAUCAAGAAGUUCACGAAGAAGAUCAAGAAGAUGGUCUCAAAGAAGAAUAAGAAGCACCUCGACAAGAAGGAUCUCCAUACGGUCAAGGAACUCAUCCUGGUUAUGGGCAGAUCGAGCGCUCGAUGGGAUAUAGCGGAGGAUAUGACAGACUAG